AUGAGCUAUUUUGAAAAGCAUAAAAGAAACUCUUCUCCAAUAUUACGUACAACUAGUGAAGAUAGAAUUAAACAAAAUUCAUUGAAAGAAACUAAUAUAUCAUAUUUAGAGUAGUAAAUACAAAAAGUAUGGAAUCAUGUUUAAUUAGGUUUAAUUAUAAUUAACUAAGAAAUACGAAGAAAGAAUCAAAUUUGUUGAAGAAACUCUCUCACAACAUGAAGAUAAAUUCGAUAAUUUCAUUAAAUUAAUUAAAUUACUUUAACACUUUGCUACAACCUAAGAAUAAGAAAAUUAAAAUAUUAAAAAUCAUAUUAAUUUAUCUAUGGAAUAGUUAUAUCAUGAAGAAUUAAAUUAUUUAAAACAAUAAAAUCUAAAUAUUUAAUUAUAACUAGAAGAUAUUCAGAAAAUUUAUGAAAAAGAACAACCUUAAAUUUAAGAAUUGGAAACUAUUAUUAAUAAAAAAAUUGAUAUAAUUAUGGAUGAAGUUAGAAACAGUGCUUUAAAAACAGAUUAUGAAAAAAUAGAAUAAAAAUUAUUAAAAUUAGAAUAAAACUUUAAGUAAGAAUAUCAUUAAAAAAGUAAUGAUUCAGACAAAAUAUUAAAUAAUAGUUUAAUGUAUCAAAAUUAAUUAAAUGAUCUAAAAAUAGUCUUAGAUAGUGUAAUAAAAGAUUAGGAAUAAACAAAAAAUUAUAUUAAAUAUAUAGAACUUGAUUUGAACUAAAAUAAAUAAAAAGAAAAAAUAAAUUAAAUUAGAUCUUCAGUUAGGAAGGAAUCCUAACCUACAGAAAGUGAUAUUAUGUUUAUUAGACCAAUUAGAGAUUAGAAAGAAAAUAUUAAAAAUAAUGAAAACAAAAGAAAUAAAAGUAAAUCAAGUCAAAGUAGAAGUUAAUCAAGGAAUGCUAGAUUAGAGACAAUAAAAAAAAAAAAAUAAGAAAGUGUUAAAGAACUAAUUAAAAAACAUAAAUAACAACCAAUUAAACUGUAUUGA